ACCUGGACUAGGAAAGACUGGGUACCAACAUCAACUCCAACAUGGCGGUCGACAUUGAAUCUUUUUGUAGUUGAAACAGUGGCCGUCUUCUGAGUAGUGUUUGCGGUGCUGAAGUGCUAUAGAAUAGAAUGACACAUCAUGAACAAGAGUAAAGAGCUGGAGUGUAUAUUAUUCUGUGAAUUCCACCCAAUUGCAGGGCCAAAAAUCGUUUAUCAGGUUCCAGAAGACUUCAUAUCCAAAGAGGAGUUUGACUGCGUUGCUGUUUAUAUAAUCCCAAAACCUGAGCUACAGAGCAAGCUCAUUACAAUUAAUGCUCUUGAUCGCAAGUUCAUUGGUUGCCCCAUUAGUAUAGAAAAUGCCAAGUAUUCACGGAAUGCUCUAGUUUUCAAUGUGUGCUUUGUCCUUGGUCCAAACGUUGACACCAUUCGCUACGAGGGUGUGGUGAAGAAGUUAGCAGGGUAUAUGACGUCACUUGAGCUCGAGUACGGUUUUCUAUCACAAGAAGAAACUAAAGCAUCUCUUCCUUGUGUCCUUUCGGAAAUCGUUCUUGAGCUAAAUGAAAAAGGAAAGUGCACGAUACAGAUAGAUGAGGCUAAUACUAUUCACUUGAAGUGCAACAUUGCCAUCAGCAGCAGUCCGUGUUCUGUGUUGGACCAUCAAGUGCCAGUGUUUAUAUGCAACAAGGAUGCCUUGUCAUCUUCAGCGUGGGAUAUCACCACACAACAAAUUUUGCGAUAUAUUGAUGGCUUCAACCAUGUUCAGAGGAUUGCUGCUGAGGCAGAUGUGGAAAUCAGUCUUGUUAGGAGGUGUAUGCAGGACAUGAUUCAAUGCAAAAUAGUCAAACUUAUUCCUAUUUUCCAGUACUCCAAUGUAUAUAUUCCUACACCCGAAGUUAAUCAGUUGACGCACGACAAGAAACUACAAGAGGAAUGCCUUAACUUUGUUGGAAAAAAAGGUAGAACCUCGCCUUCAUUUCGAGACGUGUUUAUGCUGUACUGCGGGCUCAGCCCAGGGGCGACCGUGAGAGACUUGUGUACGAGAUACAAUCCUGGCAGUCUUCGCGUGGAUGAGAGGCGAUUAAUCCAGUUUGGCAUGGUAACAGGAAUUAUUCGUCGCCUUCAUAAAUACCCAGUACAGCUAACAACACCAAAGAGUGAGCCAGUACCCAGAGGUCACCACAAGUUGAGAGGAAGGCAUCGAGACUCGGACACGAAUAGAGUCAAACUCGACGACAAAUGGUUGGAUGGAAAUCAUAAUUAUGACGAAAUUUGCUGUAAAACAGUUGUAAAAGUCAAAGAAACUUUUGGAAAUGAAGUAAAAAUGCCGCAAAGAUAAGGUAAGUGGUUCGUAACGAAAAACAUCCGCCAACAUUGGGUGGCUAAGACUACGCAGUACGGACUGGAAAUCACCUUUAAUGGAGUGAUUUUCUGAUGGAGGGUUGUACAACCAAAACUUUGUUAAUCACAUAUCAGCCAAUCAAAACAAACGGCAGGGACAAAAUGAACCAAAUAGUAAUCAAAGCAAAAACACACAACUCGUGAUAAGGGCGGGAAAACGAACAACCGUUGCCAAGCGCGGAAAAACAUGCAACCGUUAAAGAGCGUAGGAAAGCGCGCGAAAGCCGAACUGCGAUCACCGUUUUUUUCUACUUCUGAUUGGUUUAGAAAACUGCAUGUUUACUCAAAUUUGUUAGCGCACGUGACGCAAAUUUGAAAACCAAUCAAAAGCUGAGCAAUCCCAAAAUUCAUGCAGAAAUACUAUUUCCUUCGACCAGUUUCAGUUAUAAAUUGCCAAUUCUCGCUUACUCUCAACUCAUUGCUGAUGAUCGUCGAUGAUAUUUAAAGAUUUCAGUGUCCUUGUUGUGUUAUUUAGUGAGCUUUAGCAAACCACGACGACGACGGCAACGAGAACGCCACCAAACAAAAGGUUUAAUCUGCAGAACAAUAGCC